AUGCAGGCCCUUCUCCGUACGCGCCUCCCCGCGCGGUCUAUCCCCCGCAUCCCUUCCCGCGCCAUGGGGUCCUACGCCACCUUCAAGGUCCCUCGCAUCGACAACGAGCCCAACAAACACUAUGCUCCUGGCUCGCCCGAUCGCAAAGGUCUCGAGGAAGCCCUCGCGCGUAGACAAAGCCCUCUCAACGUCCCUCUCGUCAUUGCCGGCCAAGAGAUCAAAUCCUCUUCCACUCUCACUCAAUCCAACCCCGCGACCCACGCCACUGUCGCUACCUACUCCAAUGCCACCACCGACCAGGUCCAGUCCGCCAUUGACGCCGCGCUGGCCGCCCGCAAGGACUGGGCUGCCACCUCUUUUGCCGACCGCGCCUCGGUCUUCCUCAAGGCCGCCGAUCUGAUCUCCUCAAAGUAUCGCUACGACAUCAUGGCCCUGACCAUGCACGGUCAGGGCAAGAAUGCUUGGCAGGCCGAGAUCGAUGCCGCCGCCGAGCUGUGUGACUUCUUCCGCUUCGGUGUCAAGUACGCCGAGGACAUGUACGCCCAGCAGCCCGUCCACCACGCCCCCGGCGUCUGGAACCGCGUCGAGUACCGUCCGCUCGAGGGCUUCGUCUACGCCAUCUCCCCCUUCAACUUCACCGCCAUCGGUGGUAACCUUGCCGGCGCUCCCGCCCUCAUGGGCAACGUCGUCGUCUGGAAGCCCUCCCCCUCCGCCAUCGCCUCCAACUGGCUCGUCCACCAGAUUCUCCUCGAGGCCGGUCUCCCCCGCGAUGUCAUCCAGUUCGUCCCUGGCGAGGCCGAGGACGUCACCCGCACUGUGCUGAACCACCCCGACUUCGCCGCCCUGCACUUCACCGGCAGCACUGCCGUCUUCCGCAGCCUCUACGGCCAGAUCGCCGCUGGCGUCGCUGAGGGCAAGUACCGCAGCUACCCGCGCAUCGUCGGUGAGACCGGCGGCAAGAACUUCCACCUGGUGCACAAGUCGGCCGACCUGCGCAACGCCGUCGUCCAGACCGUCCGCGGCGCCUUUGAGUUCCAGGGCCAGAAGUGCAGCGCCACCUCGCGCGCCUACAUCCCGGCCUCGCGCGCCGACGAGUUUGUCGAGCAGAUCGUCGCCGAGACCAAGCAGCUCUCCGUCGGACCCCCGACCGACUUCACCAACUUCUGCGGCCCCGUCAUCCACGAGGGCUCCUUCACCAAGCUGGCCCAGGUCAUCGACGAGGCCAAGAACGAUCCCGAGCUCGAGCUGCUCGCCGGCGGCACCUACGACGCCUCCAAGGGCUGGUACAUCCAGCCCACCAUCUACCGCACCAACAACCCGGACCACCCCCUGCUCUCGCGCGAGCUGUUCGGCCCGGUCCUCGUCCUCCACGCCUACAACGAUGCCUCUGAUGCCGACUUUGCCCGCAUCUGCGAGAAGAUCGACACCACCGGCUCGUACGGUCUGACCGGCGCCGUCUUCGCGCAGGACCGCGCCGCCGUCAACCUCGCCAACGACCACCUCCGCAACGCCGCCGGCAACUUCUACAUCAACUGCAAGAGCACCGGCGCCGUCGUUGGCCAGCAGCCCUUCGGUGGUGCCCGCGCUAGUGGCACCAACGACAAGGCUGGCAGCGGCAACCUCCUGUCGCGGUUCGUCAGCUUGCGUUCCAUCAAGGAGGAGUUUGUGCCCACGCACAACGUUCCCUAUCCCAGCAAUGCCUGA